AUGGGCGCCACUGGCAACUGUGGGUUGGCCCUAAUCGACAACCUGUUGAGGAACCCAGACGCCCGGGUCCACGCCUACUGCCGCAAUAAAUCAAAGCUUCUCCGCCUGCUGCCCGACGUCAAGGAGGGCGGCCGCGUGGAGAUCUUCGAGGGCAACAUUCACGACGUCAACCUCGUCGCCUCGUGCGUCCGCGGCACCCAUGCCGUCUUCCUUGUCGUCUCCACCAACGACAACGUGCCCGGCUGCCAUAUGGCAAAGGACACCGCCACUGUCACCGUGCAGGCCCUACAGAACCUGCUCUCGAGCUCUAGUUCCGGGAUCACCGACGCCAUCACCAAACCCAAGCUCGUCUUGCUCUCCUCAGCCACCGUCGACGACCACUUCUCCCGCCACAUACCGCGCCUCCUGCGCGCCCUCCUCCACCGCUCGGCGUCCCACGUCUAUCGGGACCUGGAAGAGACUGAGGUGUUGCUACGCGGGCACGAGGAAUGGCUGACCACCAUCUACGUCAAACCCGGGGCAUUAUCAGUAGACCUACAGCGCGGCCAUGCGCUCAGUCUCACGGAUGAGGAUAGUCCCUUGUCGUACCUGGACCUCGCCGCCGCGAUGAUCGAGGCAGUUGAUGACGAGCAGGGGCGUUACGAUCAGAAGAAUGUCAGCGUGGUCAAUACAAAUGGUAGAGCCAAGUUUCCAACCGGGACGCCCAUGUGCAUCCUGAUGGGUCUGCUGAGGCACUUCUUCCCUUUUUUGCACAACUAUUUGCCAGCGAAUACGGGCCCUCGUUGA